UCCAUAUCAAAUCUCCCAAUCUCCGCGUCUCCCUCGAGUUCCGCCCGUACCUCCUCGGCAACACAUUUUCACGUGAAUACAGUCCUCGCGAGGGAAAAAAACAACUCGAAGAGAAAAAACGCACGCAUCUCCGUCUCUCUCUCUCUCGCUCUCUUCUCACCUAAUUCCUAUCGUCAUUCGUUGCCCAAAACGCCAAUAAGAUAAUUUUGAGUCCACUCUCUCGGAGUCUCUUCUGCUUCACCAGGUGAACUCCUUUGGCAGUCAUAAUGUAUCUUCUACGAAGGAACCUUCAGAAUCAUAAGGAGAAUGACUCUUCACAGAAAGAUGCAAAAGUCAGUGAACUCAGGGCUUCUCUUGGACCUCUAUCUGGACGUAGUUUAAAGUACUGCACUGAUGCGUGCCUGAGGAGAUAUUUAGAAGCUCGGAAUUGGAAUGUUGAUAAGGCAAAGAAAAUGUUGGAAGAGACACUCAAGUGGAGGUCCACUUAUAAGCCUGAAGAGAUUCGUUGGCAUGAAGUAGCCCAUGAAGGUGAGACUGGCAAAGUGUCCAGAGCAGAUUUUCAUGAUCGACAUGGAAGGACUGUGCUCAUAAUGAGGCCAGGGAUGCAGAACACCACAUCAGCAGAAGAUAAUGUUCGGCAUUUAGUCUAUCUUUUAGAAAAUGCUAUCCUUAACCUUCGUGAAGGUCAAGAACAGAUGUCAUGGUUGAUAGAUUUCACUGGAUUUUCAUUGAACACCAGCGUCUCUGUCAAAACAUCACGUGAGAUCACUAACAUUUUACAAAACCACUACCAGAGGCUUGCGGUUGCAAUUUUGUAUAGUCCACCAAGGGUUUUUCAAGCAUUUUGGAAGGUUGUCAAAUACUUCCUGGAGCCGAAGACAUUUCAGAAGGUGAAGUUUGCAUACCCCAAAAAUAAAGAAAGUGUAGAGCUCAUGAAGACGUUCUUCGAUGAAGAAAAUCUUCCGAGUGAGUUUGGGGGAAAAGCCACCCUAAAAUACGACCACGAGGAGUUCUCACGAUUGAUGGCUCAGGAUGAUGUAAAAACUGCCAAGUUUUGGGGAAUUGAUGAGAAGCCCCAGCACAUUAUGAAUGCCAUUGAGGAGCACAGAGGUGACAUAGAAAUCAUGUAAAACAUUUGCACCUCCAGCUAGCUGAGUGCGCAAUGCUCAGAAUAAUGCACACAAAACUAAGAUAUGGCAAAUUUAUGCUGGGAACAGGGAAAUUAUGCUCAGAAUAAAAGAUGCCGCCAUUUCUUUCUUCUAUUUAUCCCUAACCAUAAGGGAAGACUUGUGUUCUUGAUGUCACCGAACUGCAUGAAAAGCAAGAUGUAAUUCUCAUUCAAAUCCCACAAUAUAAAUCUAUGAACUAUAUUUUUUCAA